GGGUUUCUCGAGGAGCUGGAGAUGCUGGAAAAUCAUCCCGCUGAUCCAUGGAGAGAUUGCAAUUGACGGCGAGGGCCAGAGCUGACGUUGACGUUGACGGCACAGGAGAUGUGAUAUCGCAGCUCGCGGUAUACGACCGCCUCGUCAAAGAAACCCUGCAACCAGAUCUCCAAGCAGCAAUGGACGCACGAGACGUCCUCCUAGAAGAAGUGUCAGAAUACUCCAAACUCCGCGACCAAACAAAAUUCAUCCAAUCCUCCUCCCUCACAACCCUGAAAACCCUGGUCGACCUUGGCUCCGACUUUUACGCUCAGGCAAAAGUCCCCGACACAUCUAUGAUCACCAUCGACCUCCGCGUCCAAGAUUAUCAUGCGGACAUGACGUUGGACGAGGCUUUGGGGUAUAUCGAUAGGAAAGAGGCGAUGUUGAGGAAGAGGAUUGAUAGGUUGACGGAGAAGGGGGCGAAAUUGAGGAGUGAUGUGAGAGUAUGUUUGGAGGCUAUGGCGGAGAUCUAUAAGUUGGAUAAGGCUGACAGGGAGGGGAGGUAUGAGGAGGAUAAGUAUUGAUCUCAACAUCGGAGGUGAGGCGGGUUUACUG